CUUCUCCCUGUGUGGGCGUGGCUUAGCCGGUGUGACGUGUAAAAAUGGAUCCAGUGCUGUACAUUAUUGCAGCGGUACUGCUGGCUGUUUUGCUGAUAUUCGCUUCCCGGAUUAGAAGUCAAGUGGUGCGAGAUGAUCAGCAGCACCAGCAAGAUGUGGCUGUUGCCGCAGCGGCAAGACCUCGAGCUGUGCCAGAGGAGCGUGCAGAUGGGAUGCCAAGACGCAGGAGGAAUGUCAACCGAAUGAUGGCGCAGAGAAGAGCUCAACACUUAGAGGAGGCACCAGAAGUGGUUGAAGAUGAUGAGGACGAUGAAUUACCAGAAGCACAGGCAACUGGAAAAAUUGGUGCAAAAAAGCAGAAAAAACUGGAGGAGAAGCAAGCACGGAAAGCCCAGAGGGAGGCUGAAGAGGCUGAGCGAGAGGAGAGGAAAAAGUUGGAGUCGAAACGUGAGGAAGAAAGACGUAAGGAAGAUGACCGUGUACGGAAGGAAGAGGAGCUAAAGGAGGAAGAAGAGAGAAAAGCUAAGGAAGACAAGGAGAAAGCAGAAUAUGAAGAGUACCUGAAAUUAAAGGAAAGCUUUGUGGUGGAGGAGGAAGGUGUUGAAGAAUCCAUGAAUGAGGAGGAGUCCCGAAGCUUCCUCACAGAAUUCAUUAAUUACAUCAAGGAAUCUAAAGUCGUUAUCUUGGAAGAUCUGGGCGCACAUUUUGGCUUGAGAGCUCAGGAUGCUAUUAACAGGAUACAGGACUUGCUGGCUGAUGGCUCUAUAACAGGUGUGAUCGAUGACCGAGGGAAGUUUAUCUAUAUUACGCCUGAGGAACUGUCUUCCGUAGCGCAGUUUAUUAAGCAGAGGGGACGGGUCUCCAUUUCUGAGCUUGCACAAGCGAGCAACAAGCUAAUCAACCUGAACCCUGAGAAAACCUCAGUACCCCUUGAAGUUGCCUGAAGAUUUAAGGCACACAGAUAAUUCAGUUUAAAUGGAGCGAGCGGACAGUUUGCUUAAAAAAUGCUGAUUUCUUAAAUUAACAUUAAAAACGACAUAAAUUGGCAUUAAAUUUGUUAUUUAUGUUACUUUUAUAAAAAGUAUUUUCAUUCAAUAAAACACGGAUUCAUCUGA